AUGCCUCCACCGCUUGAUUCUCUGCCACCAAUGAUUCCCAAUGAGAAUGCCGAGACCGCUCAGGCCCAUGCAGGAAUGGAUUCACUUGGCCUACUAAGCCCUUCUUUGGAAGACAUAAUCACCGACUUGAUGCAUGCAGACCUGGACCAACUCUAUUUGGAUAGGAUCCACCGCCUGGUUCCUAUUUUAAAUCGUCAACGUUACUUCUCAUGGACAAGAUCGCCAGCCAAGACAGAUGAACAGAUAUGCCUCCAGUAUACUAUGUGGACAUUGGUCGUCUCCCAGUCCACGCAGCUUCAACAUCUCCGCGAGGCAUUUUACCAGCAUACGUGCUCCCUACUCGAUAAGUUGACCGCUCAAGAUACGAUUGCACUACAGAUUGAGUACGCACAAGCAUGUAUUUUGAUUGUCUAUUAUGACCUCAUGAAAGAGAACUUUCGGCGUGGCUGGAUCAGCGCCGGCCGUUGUAUCCGCGUUGUCCAGCUUAUGCGCCUCUUCGAGGUUGACCGGCCCCAAGGUAAAAGCGACCACCAGGAUUGGAUUGAACACGAGGAAAAGCGACGGGCAUUCUGGAUUGCAUACUCAUUGGAUAUCUUCAUUAGCUUGCGAGGUGAAUGGCCCCUCAGCCUCUCGGGCUAUACGGCCUUCGUCCGGCUCCCAGCUCCGGAGAAAAACUUUGAUAACAAUCAAUAUGUAGAAAUGCCCUUCCUGGGCACAGUUCUUUCGAAUACGACUCCUUGUGUGCUUUCGCCGUUUGCCGAGUCGAUUAUCUUCGCUACCUUAAUUCGACGCAUUAGCGCUCCCAUCUGGGAGCCCAGAGAGGAAGAUAGUCCCAGCGAUGCCCCAAGUCCUUUGAGUGGAAAUAAGGAAUCGCUCAGCAAUACUCUCAGAAUUCGAUUGAAGGCAUUGACGUUCAAGUAUCAAGACGCCCACCUACCUUUUUCGGACGAUCCCAUGGAAAUUUUCGCCUUGAUGAUCGCACAGUCGAGUGCCUUGCAUCUUUAUGGCUCUCGGAAAUCGUUUGGAAAAACUCCAGACAAUGGUCAAAAUUCCACACUGGCCUUGCAAUAUGAAGCCCAGAUGGCUUCACAAGAAAUUUCGAAUCUUUCAAUAUCAAUUUUUCACCUGAGUCCUUUCAAGAUUCACCCAUUCACUCCCAUGGUACUUGCCAAGUGCAUUGAGUUCUAUAAAUCCAAUCAAGAUUUGGAUGAACUUACAUACCCAGCCGUCCAGCAGAUGUGUGAUCUACUGAAGGAUAUAAGCAAAGUGAACAAUAUUGCUCUGGGAUAUCUAUAG